CAGGUCCAGGUGCUUUCAGGAAAAUGGGCUUGAGUGAUUCACUAGAGGACUUAUUGGACAGGUAUCUACUUUGCUUGAUCUGGCUGAGGAGGAGGAUCGAGUUGAGUUGGGCUGCUGCAGAAGAGUUGCUGUGGCAGUCUGAAGCUGCACUAGAUGAUCCCGAGAAUGUUUUUUCUAGGAAAGAGGAGAUGUUAUCUAAUGCAGACGAGGCUGAGAGGAAAUUAUCUGCUUCAUACCAGCUGCCUGCUGAUCCCAUGGAGGCAUAA